GUCCCAGUAACAGAAUGUGAUGUGUAUAUAUAUACGAGGCGAACAAAAUCGUAGUCCUCAGUCUCACUUAUCGUGGUCCUGCAACGGGCACAACGGCCAACAAAUAGAUAACUCCAACCGCCUUCGAAGACGAAUACCAGUGAAGGGACAGUUUUAAAAGACUAGACGUAACCCGAGUGUGAAACCCCUCGACAUGGCGUCGGCAACAUCUCUUGUUCUGGGGGUUAUGCACAUUCUGUUCCUCAUAGGGCGAACGGAAGGCGCAUCUUGUUCUUCAAACCAGAUAAGCUGCAGAACUGGGAACCAGUGUGUGAGUCUAGGAGACGUCUGCAGAGGUGGCAGCCACCAGUGUGCAGAUGGAUCAGAUGAGGAUCCUCAGAUAUGCUCGUUUUGGAAACCUGACUCGCGAUGUGGCCGUGGUCAGUUCUAUUGCUCAGGAUUAUAUGGGUGUACCAGUCUCGCAACUGCGUGUUCCAAUAGUUGUGGGAUAAACACAAGAAUCUGCGAGUUGAUUGCGAGCAAAAUUCUUAAACUAAAGAAAGAAGAGGAAGACCGGGAAGAGACAGGACUGAGUCUCACCGAGGAGUUAGUGAGUCUAAUGCAGCAGGCAGUCAACGCCACCUCCAACGUUUCAGUAUCCUGUCCCAUGUUUUACAGUCGCAUAGGGGACGCCUGUCUGUCCUUCUUCGCCCCGGCAAAGGUUCCAUGGCCAGAGGCAAGACAGUUUUGCCUGUCAAUCGGUGGCGACCUCAUAGCCAUCAAGGGCAUUGUCGAUCAUGAAAAACUCUUGGGGUAUAUGCAGAGGGCUCAACUAACCACUGAUUUCUGGAUCGGUGGUCGGUUUGACGUUGAUACAAAUUCGUGGUCUUGGGUGCUCGACGACACUCCCUUGCCCCUUGGGGCGCCCUUCUGGGCUACGAGGUAUAGUUCCUCCUGCGUCCCUCGCUCCCCUCCUCACACGGAUCCUUUCAAUCCUGCACCGACAGCCCUACCAAAGGCCCCUUGCUUCAAUUACGUCCAGGCACCUGCGCAGCGGUCAGCAGGAUGGUGUGCAGCCAUGACUUACGAACAUUAUUACUACUUCACUGACGAAGAGUGCCAAGAAAACAGGAGCCCUCUCUGCCUCUUCCAAGGUAGGCCGCGUCAGAAGCAAGUUGACACCACUGUCAACUGACUAAGAAUCUCCAGCAGGCGGAGGGAAGGUCGUCGACACGAACCAAAGACCAGCAGGAGGAGGGAAGGUCGUCGACACGUCGCCAAUCCUACUAACAGAGGCCUCCGUUAUCGUUCUUGUCUCGUUUCAGUGGUUUUCUCUCUCGCUCUCUCCACCUUCUUUUGUUUGCUCGGAUCUUUGUAGUUCUGAGGGAUCGAAACAGGUGGCCACUGACUGAAGUUUCACUUGAGAGAUGAUGGUAUGACUGAACUUGAGAAAUGUUGACGUAAUUUAACAUUUCACUUGAGAAAUGUUGACGUAAU